AUGGCUACUGGAACACUAUGGGCAACAGCCAUUGGAGGGUCACUUGCUUAUACACGUACAAGAACUCCUCUCGUCAAGCCAAGUCUUAGGCUCAUACAUGCCAGGAUGCAUGCACAAGCCAUAACACUGGCACUCCUAUCGGGUGCAGCUAUCUACGAUUAUUACGAGAAGCAAAGAAAGAGUGCUGAAUAG